ACCUCCACACAUCGAUAACUAAUGAUGGCCAUUUAUUGAAGUAGCGAAGAACAUCCUAAUCCAGGGUUCAGCAGAAUCUGACCUGGAUUCGAGCGAUUUCGAGUUCCUUUCGAACCUCAGAAGCAAAAAAAUCGCUGAACCGGAGAGAAAGCAAGCAGAAGUGCCAGCAGAUGACAGGGAGUCAAGCGACGAGGGCAUUGCUAUCUCAAAAUCAGACGGGGAUGCAAGUGGCUGUGCUAGCUCUGAGGUGUCGCAGGGCAUACGCCCUGUCGUGGCACCUGCAACAAUACAGCAGGGGCUCUGUGGCAAGUGCCUCCAAAUCCGCGACGACUUCCAGCCAGUCGCCAAGGCCGCCAGCCAGACAGCCACGGAUGGCCAGAUACAAGGAGCGCGAGAACGAGCCAUUGGAGGAGCCUGGAAUGGAGGUCCUGUUUGAGGUGUUGGCUGAGGAUCCGGAGAAGGGCGAUGUCGAGGACCUGCCAUGCCGCACGCUUGACGAUUUCGUGGUAUUCGACCAGAUGAACGGCAAUAUGGUGAUGUCGCUUGAGGACAUUGGCGAGGAAGGAACUGAUAUCACAAUCGCCGGAGACGUGGCAGCAUUGGCUGCUUCAGAGCUGGACGAUUCGAUCGAGGAGCCCGACGAUGACGACGAUGACGACGAAGACAAUGAGCUCACCAUGCACAGGAGGGCAGGCGGCCAGCCUCUGCGUCUGUCGGCAAUCAUGUACUAUGAAGUGCAUUUGACGCAGCGUGGUGAGUCAGAAAUCUGGGUGCGUACCUGCUUCGCCUGGUAUAAGCUUUUGAACCCGCACCCUGGAUAUGUUCAUAUGUACGCACCACUUUACAAGAUCGUGUAUAUUGCACACCAGGCAGUUCUGCGUGCUGCCGAGACGCCCGAUCUGACAAUCAGCAAGUUCUCCAAGGAGGUGAUGCAGGGCACUAGCGAUAUCCUGAGCCUGCUGCCGCCGGUUAGCAUGAACGAAUUCAACAAGAACCGUGACUUGAUCAUGGACGAAGUGCAUGUAUGCUGCGGGGCACUGGACCGCGAGCAUCUGCUGGAAACACCGUUUUUGCGGGCGCUGUGCAGGGAGCCGGUCAAGGGCAGGGCUCCGAAGCGUGCGCCUGCAGCAAACCGUGGACGCAGCACAGCACAGUCAAAGACCACUGGUGAGCCCAAGAAGGAGAACCCGGCAUGCAUUACCCAGCUGGUGGCUGACAUUGCCCGUGGUCUGUAUGCUAAGCACCUUAUCAACGUCACCGCCUACCAGACGGCUAGCCCCAAACAGCAGCAGACGGGUACUGAUAUGGAUGGUGGCCUCGGUUCUGAUGUGAAGAAGUGGGAGAAGAAAUACUCGAGCCCCUGCCAUGACCAGAACAACUGAGCUCAAGCGAUCUCUGGACGACAAGGGGAAGCUGCUUGUGGAGGAGCUGAAGGCGCACAAUGUGCCAAUGAAGCUGUUCCGGGCAAACACUGUGCAUUGGCCGCGGGAGUCUAUCUUGCCAGCACCAGUGCCUGGCCGGCGCUACGCCAGUGAGGUACACAUUGAUGCAACAGUCCACAGUGACGACGGAUCACGUACUAGCGGUGUGGUUCCGAUCAAAAUCGGCGAUGUAGUCCUGGUCAAGGCCAGCGGACCCAAAAAUGGCUUCACUAUCGACUCAAUCUGGGAAGAUUUCCAGGCAAGCAACAGCCAUGGCGCGGGCCUGUAUGUCAGGGCGGUGGUGGUCGAGAGCAUAUACUCGAAGCGUGCUGGCAAUGUGCAGAUGAUCCAUGGACGCACGCUACUGCCUGGUCGCGACACAAUCCUGGGUGAGGUGGCAGCUCCGCAUGAGUGGUUCUUGGCGGAUCGUUGUGG